CUCUCUCUCUCUCUCUCUAUCUAUCUCUAUCUACCUGUCUCUUCGAAGAAUUUUCUCCCACUUAGUAGAAAUGGAAGAGGCAUUCAGGCGGCUAAACGGGCUGAGCCACACGUCCGAGCCCAUCUCUGACGUCCACAAGAAGUGCACAACCCCGGUGACCACCACGACAGCCACCGCACCGCCCACCAACAAGAGGUCUUUAAGAGAAACCGGUGGCACGAUGAGAUACCGCGGAGUGCGCCGCAGGCCUUGGGGUCGCUACGCCGCCGAGAUCAGAGACCCGCAGUCGAAGGAGCGCCGCUGGCUCGGCACCUUCGACACGGCUGAGGAAGCCGCCUGCGCCUACGACUGCGCCGCCAGAGCCAUGCGCGGGCUCAAGGCUCGUACAAACUUCGUGUACCCUACUUCAUCGCCUCCUUCUGGUACCGACCAUCUACUCCCUCACUUCAACUUUUCCAAACAAUCUCAGCCGUCCAUUAAGACCCCACAAAAUCGUCAGUUUGUUCCAGCUUCAAGUUGGUCAUCACCUUUCUCCAACCCUCAUGCCGCUGAAAAUGGUUCUCUAAAUAUGUUCCUCCUUCGCGAUUUGUUUACUCCUUCCUCCAACCCAUCCUUUGUAUCACCCCCUCUAGCAAUUCACGACCAGUUUUCUCCUUCUCUGUCUUCUUCUUCUUCUUCUAUAACCUUCUCCGGUGGUUGCAAUUUCUCUGACACUUUCUUGGGGUCUUCUUCCACGAGUGUUCCACCCGUUGAAAACCAUCAGAUUCACAACACCGGGGGUUCCGUUAGGGGCACCACUCAACAAGUUGAUGAGUACUCGGAGUUCUUUCCCAAAGAGCCCUCAGACUCUGGGUUGUUGGAAGAGAUUAUUCAUGGGUUUUUUCCAAAACCGUCGUCCAAGAGAUUUGACCCUCCAAAAACAGAGACCAAUAUUCUUCCACAGAUUUCUGAUAUGUAUGUGGAUGGGUUGAAGAAAGGGAUAAUGAAGGAGCAUUUUGGUAAUUUCUCGUUUGAUUAUCAAGGGGCUCCGGUUCCGCAGCAGUUUGAGAAUCUCAACGGCGCUGAAGCAGCCACGUUGCCCUUUGGUUACGAGAUGCCGGCGAUGAACCUUCAGUCGGGGGCCCCGGAUUUUGUGUUGGAUGAAAUCUUCCAGUGUCCUGAACUUUUGAAUGCGUUUGCAGCUAGGAUGCAGAAUGCUUGAGCUACCUCUUUGAGAAAUCUGUUUGUGUUUGACAGCGAUAGAGAGCAACUCCAACCUCAUCGUUUAGGGUUUUUGGAAUAUUAUUAGUAUAUCAAUCAAUGUUAUUCAGCUUUACAGUAUUGUGUUUUCAUUUUGGACUCUCUUGCAAUGUAAACUAUUUUUUAAUCAUAUGUUUGUCUUUAAUGCCU